UGGAGGACAAAACAAAUCGAGCAUAAAGUGUAUUUUUGAGUGAUUUGGUGACCAUGUCUGAAUACAUUAAAUGCAGUUUAUCAGUUAGUGUUUUCUCAAUGUUCCCAGUCUCUAAGAACAUAGCAAACAAUAAAGGUAAAAUACAAAGUAACACCUGGCGACUUUGAAACUGCCACUCUUCAGUGUAUCCAAAAAAGGGCGUUGAUUUCUCUAAAUAACUUGUCAAUAUUCCUUAUUGAUGGAUGAUGUAGUGUCUUUAAUCCAAUGGUGGUCUGCUCAAUGUCGUGAUGCUGCAGUUUGUCACCAAUGGCGAGAAUACCGCCUAGUUCAUGACUACAUACUUAAGUAUAUGAUAUCACACAGAAGAUAACAAACUACUAAAACAUUGGUUGUGUCGCUCUGAAAAAUAGACAUCAAAACUUUGGAAACUAUGAAGGAGGAUAUGUCUUCUUCUGAUUUACCAAGGAUGCCUUGAAAAAGUUCUCAAUGCCAUAGUUCAAUCAGUUCUGAUGAUCCCCGAAAAUGUUACAAACUACAAAUGUGCAGAACAGGAGGGAUUUGAAGAGGCUGGGAUGCAUCAUUUUCCUUCCGCUCUUAAUCACGGUCUGUUUGGGAGAUCAGUUAUCGGAAUCCCAGUAUUUGUUCAAUUUCAUUAAAGCCAUUGAUCCACAAAAUGUGCUAGGAAUUGACUGGAAUAUUGGAACGUUGGUGCUUCAUGCCUGCUUGCAUAAGUCGAAGGGUGUAAAAUGCAACGCAAGGGCUACCACCAUAGAAGAAAUCAGGCUUGAGAAUCUUAAUCUUAGUGGCAUCAUUGAUGCAGAACCCCUUUGCAAGCUCCGAAAUCUACGAGUUCUUAGCUUAGCAAAGAAUCACAUCAGAGGAACUAUUCCUGACUCAAUAUCGCAUUGCUCAAGGCUGACUUAUUUAAAUCUAAGCAACAAUCUUCUGAGUGGAACGUUAUCUCUGGCUCUAAAUAGAUUGAAAUAUCUCAGGAUCUUGGACAUCUCCAACAAUCUUCUGCGUGGAAGGCUGCCUAUGGAUCUAACUAAACUGAAAUAUCUUCGGAGCUCGAGCAUCUCUAACAAUCAUCUUAUCAAGCAGGAACUCAAGAACCUUCAUACAUAUUCCUUGAUAUCAACUACAUCACAGAAAGAAGUCUGGGUAGAGGCAUUGGAAUCAAAGUACCCACCUACGGAGAGCCCAAAGCCCAAAGCUGUUAAUGGCCCGUGGUAUGGGAACUGGGCAGUCUGGACAGCUCUAGUUCUGGGCAUUGGAAUCUUUGUUUUGGUGAUCGCAUGGUUACUGAGAAAGAAGGACGCAGACUUACCCGAAGAGAUGGAGAUUCUGAAGGUAAUUAAGGAUCCUUGUCUUAAAACACCUCCAUCCACGCCCAGAGAGGAAGUUAAGCCAAUCGAAAGACGCUCAGAGCUUGUGUUCUUUGUUGAAGAGCAGGAAAGGUUCCAAUUGGAGGACCUCCUUGAAGCCACAGCUGACUUGCGAAAGGAGACCGUUCGCAGCAGCCUUUACAAGGUAGUUCUUAAAAACAGUGCCCUUUAUGCAGUUAAGAGAUUGAAGAAAUUGCAGGUAUCAUUCGAGGAAUUUGGCCGAACUAUGAGGCAGAUAGGAAGCUUAAAGCAUCCAAACAUUCCCCUUGUUGGUUACCAUUCAACGAAUGAAGAAAAACUUUUCAUCUAUAAGUAUCAAAGCAAUGGGAGUCUGCUAAACGUGCUGGAAGACUAUAUUGAAAGUAAGAGGGAUUUCCCUUGGGGACUUCGGCUGUCCAUAGCAAGUGGGAUAGCAAAGGGUUUGGACUUCAUAUAUCAAAGUUCUGACGAUCGGGAGAUAAUCUCUCAUGGGAAUCUUAAGCUAUCAAAUGUACUUUUGGACGAAACUAAUGAACCGCUAAUAAGUGAAUAUGGGUUUUUUAAAUUUCUGGAACCCAAGCAAACAAGCGUCUUCACCUCCAAUGGUCAUACAGCUCCUGAGAAAAGCUUGACAGAAAAAGCCGAUGUUUUUAGUUUUGGUGUGAUACUCUUGGAGCUACUGACAGGAAAAACUGUAGAGAAUAGUGGGAUAGACCUUCCUAAAUGGGUAAAGGCCAUGGUGAGGGAGGAAUGGACCGGAGAGGUAUUUGACAAAGAGAUCAGUAGAGCUGCAUCACAGUGGGCAUUUCCUUUGCUGAAUAUAGCCCUCAAGUGUGUAUCAUAUUCUCCUGACAAUCGGCCAACCAUGGCAGAAGUUUUGGAGAAGAUAGAGGAGGUCAUGAAUGCACAAAGGGACCAUUCCAUUUCAGAAGAUUGUUGUUGUGAAUCUAACCGAAAUGAUUGUUGUAUACUUCACACUCUCAUAUCUGAUACCUGGGAGAGUCCUGGAUCAAAUUAUUAGAGGUUGUGGUCUGCAUAUAUCGCAUGUAUUUUAUGCUUCUCAUUUGGAAGAACAGAAACUCUCUCUCAGUCGAGCAUAAAUAAGUUGCACGUGAAAUAUCUCUUAAGUCCUCCACCAUAAGGGCGAGGAGAGUUGUCCAAUCAGCCAAUGCAUACCUGAAGCAAGAGUGAUGUUUUCUUCUUCUUUUUUGUUUUGUUUGUUUGUUUGUUUGUUUUGGUUCAAGCUGUAGUCCAAAUGCUUAUGAGUGCAGGCAUUUACAUGUA